UUGUGUGCGCGAAAUGUAAUUGAAAAUAACGUUCAAUAGACAAGACAUAAAGAAAAAAAAAAAAAAUAUUAAGAAACGUAAAUAACGUAAAUCCAUCAAAGAAAAACUGCUAAUGCAUUUGGACUAAUGAUUGAUAUUUGAGUGCUUAAUAUGUAAAUCCACAACCGAAAACAGAAGAAGGAUAGAAAGAAUAGGAAGAUGCCACGCCAAAGCACCAAGCAGCCUCACAAUAUAAACUGACAAAUACAAAUCCAAAAAAGAAGAAAAUAUCGAAAUUAACUAUUCUUGACAACAGCUUAGAAUAAAGAGAGGCUUUCUUUUAUUGCCGCAAAACCAAAAAAGAAACAAACAAAAACAAUUUAUGCAAAAAUGCGACGAAAGCCACAGAACUUAACACAAACUGAACGGACCAGCAGAAAUGACAACAACAACAACAACAACAGUAACGAAAACGAGAAGCAGAAGCAGAAGAGGGAGACGAACAAGCCGCAUAGAAUACCAAGACAACGACACAUGUGGCACUUGUCAGCAGAGCUGCUGUCAAUUUCUCUGCUGGUGCUGUCGCUGCUGUUGCUGUUCCACGUUCACACAGCGGCUGCCCAGCACAAUGACAUCUCGCAGAUCUCGCCCAAGUCCAGCAGCCACAACUCUGGAGCUCGCUUGAGCAUUGAGAGCACCAUGACAGACACGAACAGCAUCCCGGAGAGCGUACACUCAGAGCCGCUGAAUGAGAGUGAGACGCGUGCGCGUGUAGAGCGUUCGGCCUCACCCAUACUGCACGAGCCGCAGCAGCAGCAACAGCAUCCCAAUGAUAUCAGCUAUAGCAACGAUGGCGAGAAGGACGUCUCAGCGGGCCGUUACUUUCACUAUAACAUCAAGCCGACGGGCACGUACGAUCAGCAGGAGGAGCAGGAGCAGCAGCAGCCAGAGCGCACACAUCGCAUGCGAGCAGGAAAGACUCUAAGUGGCAGCAGCAGCAGCUCCAUUGGCAGCAGCUCAAGCGAGCAGCCUUUUUUAGUGCAAAGGGGGCUGCGACAGACUACGUCGGGGUCCCCUAUCAGCCCGAGUCCGAGCAGUAUUGCCAGCUCGACAGCCAGUGCGACUCAAACGCCGCAUAAUCCACGCCAAAACGGCAAUCCGGACAUCCAGGACAUCAUCACGGGUAUUGUGAAGCUGCUCAACGGCAACGUCAAUGUGCACGCCAAUACGCAAGGUGUGCGGCGACCCUCGGCGAGCCGUAUCAAUAAUCGUGGACCGCCGCGCAUAUCCGAGGUGCAGCCCUUGCCGCUGGACUACGAGGCACAGAAGCCAGGCACUUCGAUGCGACCGCCUCCCUAUCCCUUCGAUCGACCCGACCGUCCGUUUAUUACGGGCGUGCCCAUUCCGGAACAGAUUGUACCUGUGCGUCCGGGCUUCGUGAGCAAUCGGCCGCCCUGGUAUCGCAACAAGCCACGCCCACCAAUCACAACGAGCGUCAAUGGGAGUCGACGUCCGCUGCCGCAGUAUCAGCCAAUGCCGCAGCAGUUGCCCGCACGUCCCGCCGAGCCGGAGCCAGUGCAUCAGCAAGAGGAUGUGAAGCAGCAGCAGCAGCCAGAGCCAACGGAUGACCAUCUAGACGCUGUGCCGCCCACAGACACCACCUACGACUCGGAGUUCUCCAACGAAGAUGCCAAUGCGCAGUACAUCGAAGUCUCAGACCAGGACACCGAAGCUGGCGGCGAGAUCGAAGAUGAGCUGAUGCCACCCGCCGAGCCCUCACCUACAACGCCAACCAAAGAACAGGUGAUCAAAAAGAAGCACAAGCCCAAGCCGGUGAAGAAGCCGCACGAGGAGCAUGAUGGCUACACCACCAUCAUUGAGACCAGCUCCGUGGUGAACACCGUUAUGGGCAUGUCGUCGAGCUAUGUGCCCAUGUCCAUGGAUAGCGCUGCAGAUGCUAGCCACGAUCUUGAUCCCUCCACGGAGGAGGUCAUCUUUAUGACAGCCAAUCGCACGCCGGGACUGGAGGCCAGCGCCUCAUCCGCUACGAGCAGCAUUCAGACUGUGCCUCUGAGCGAACAGGUUGCCUCGGAUACCAUUGCUCCGACAACCAAAUCACCUAUGACCACCUCUACAUCCACCACCACCACCACCACCAGUACUAGCUCCACUACCACCUCAACUACUACCACAACCACCUCGACAACCUCAACCACCUCGACCACCACUGAAAAGGCGCCCAUCGGUAAUGGCCCAUCGCCCGCUCCCGCCACUCCGGCCGCUCCCUACCAUCCCCGACCCGGCAUUGUAUUGGACGAUCCCGAAUUCAAGCCCGGUGGCCGGCCACGCCCAGCCGCUCAACGGCCCACAGCUCCGCAGCAGCCCAUACAGCCAACGCGCCAGCAUCUGCCGCCCGGCUAUGGCGAGAUCUUUGACGUCACUCUGUCGGCUAUCCAAGGUCCGGGUCCCAAGGGCAGCGGCUCCCAGCAGACGAUCAACAUUAAGCCGUACGGCAGCUAUGGGGGAGGGCCAGCCGGCGGCGGCGGAGCACAGGCGGACAUCAUUGUGUCAGCAUCAGGUGACGAGGGCUUCGUCUCAAUCGAUGGCAAACGAACUUACAUCAAUCUAUUUGGUGAUCCCACAGAUCCGCCCGCAGGCGCUACGACACCGGCGACACGUCUGCCCCAAUUGCCAGGGGCAGCUGGCAGCAGUGGUGGUGCAGGAGGUGGUGGUUCGAAGGGUGGUGCAACUGUGCCGAAUCACGGUGUCACGCAGAGCAGCAAUGGCUAUGCGGUCCCGGAAACGGAAGUCGUAGAACUGCAGUCCCAAUCAGGCACAAGUCCGGGACAUGGACCGGCACAUGGACAUGGACAGGGACAGACAGCCAGUAAGGUGCCAGCAUCCACGACACAUGCGGGACCCACGCGACCACACUACCGCCAGCGACCCACACCACCGCCCGUGCGCAUCGACACCUGCAUCGUGGGCGAUGACACCACCUGUGAUCAGGCGCAACACGAGCGCUGCAAAACGGACAACGGCGUGUCCAGCUGUCACUGCAGACCAGGCUAUUCACGUCGCAAACAUCGUGAGCCCUGCCGCCGCGUCAUCUCCUUCCAUCUGGGCAUGCGCGUGGAUCGCAUCUAUGAGCAUCGCAUUGUGUGGGACAACAAACUUCUGGAUCUCAACAGCGAGCCGUAUGGCCAGCUGAGCUACGAAGCUGUGCGCGCACUGGACUCUGCCAUGUCUAUGACACCCUAUUCGGAUGAGUUUAUGGAGGCCAAGGUGAAUAACAUCUACAGAGGCGAUCCCAACCUGGGCGGCAGUGGCGUCUAUGUGAAUCUGACAUUGAAGCUGGACGAGAGCGUGGAAACGCUGCGUCCCAAUCUGCGCAGCGAUGUGCAGAAGCAUCUCUUGGGUGUGCUGCAUCGUCGCAACAACAACAUCGGCAACUCGGUGCUGUAUGUGAGCUCGCCGGAGGGCGCCGUCUCGGCGCUGCACGAUGUGGACGAAUGCCAGUCGGCGGAACUGAACGAUUGCCAUGAGAGCGCCACGUGCAGCAACAGCUGGGGCAGCUUCCAGUGUGCCUGCGCACCGGGUCUGCGCGAUCCCUGGGCCGAUCAGCCACUGCGUGCGGGCCGGGAGUGCCAGGCCUGUCCGGAUGGCUAUUGCAAUAACCAUGGAGUCUGCAGCUACAACGAGGAAGGCGCCCAGAGCUGCGCCUGCGAUUCAAGUCACUACGGCGCACAGUGCGAGAUCGACGGCGAGGUGCUGGGCGUGGCCAUAGGCGCUUCUGUGGCGGCCGUGAUCAUCAUUGUGCUGACUCUGGUGUGCCUCAUCAUGUGGUCACGUCGCUGGCAGCGCGAGCAAAAGAAUGCAAUGGGCUCGCCGGUGUUUGGCUACAUGAAUACGGCUCCAUUGAAAUCGGCGGGCUUGCCACAAGCGGGCUAUCAGGUGACGCUCGAGGAUCGCAUGCGCUGGGCACAGAUUGCAGAUGUCAUGGCACAGACGAAUCAUUACGGAGUGAGUGCGGAACCCAUUGGACCCACACGGCCAUCGUCGGCCAUGUUUGCGUACCCUAAUCUGGGUGCCAUGGGCAUGGGCACCAUCGGUGGAAUGUCGCUGCAGAGCACCAUGCAAAUGCAUCCAAGCGCCAGCCUGGCGCCGCCAGUGCCAUUGCCCAGAAGACUCGGCCUGGGAGCGCGUGCGAAUGGCAUGCGCGCACUGGAGAACUCCAGCUCCAGUGAGGAGGAGGAUCGCGCCGAUCUGCUGGGUCGCAAUUUUCAAGUGCCACGCCCAAAGAGUCGCAGCAAUGGCAGCAUAGCGAACCAGUCGGGCAUCUACUACGAUGUGGACUAUGAGCCUUCGGGCAAUGGCAUUGGCAACACCAGCGUCGAUCAUCUUUAUGGCUCACAGAAUCAGUCUGUGACGCACUCGUCAGGCAACUCUCACAUACCCGGCCCCCAGGGCAUACCCAUGAGCACGUACACCUCGGGCCGUGCGCCCAGCAGUUACUACAUGAAGUAGAGUCCCUGCCCCCCCUCCAGCACUGCCCUAUCCCCCAGCCCUAGUUCUAGCAAAAAACCUGUAAAUAUGCAAUUUAGCUGUAGUUUAGCUUAGGUCCAACUGCCUAAAACACUUUUCCACUGCAGUCCAAGAGAGGAGGAAGAGAAGUCCAUGACUGCAGCUGAGACGCGUUUUUGUGCAAUAAGCAAGAAGACUUAGUUUACAAUACAUAUGUAUACAUCACAUAUAUGUAUAUCAGAUAGUAACGUAAAUUUAAAUGCAAUGUUAACGAUCACUAAUCAUUAAUUUUAACCUAAAAUUAAAUUUUUAAUUUAUUCUUCUAUCCCUAGUUCUAAAAGCAGUUCUAUGAAAACUUAGCCGAAAGUCAAUUUUAAAUCAAUCGAGCACUAGUAUUUACCAAUUUGAUGUACUUAUGUAUUUAGUUUUAAAGUGUGAAUGUAAAUAUGAAUCAAUAAAGAGAUAAUAAUAGUAAUAAUAA